CGCGCGAGCUCGCGCCGCUGCCGGCAGCCCAGCACGCUCGGCGGCGGAGGAGACCUCUCUCGUCCAAUCCAAGGAAGGCGAGCGGGCGCAGCCAGAGGACGAGAUCCAGGACGCGAGCAGGCAAGGGCCCGCCGGUCCGGCGCAAUCUCCAGGUUGUUCUUGUAGCCACCGUCCGGUACCUAUCGCCUUGGUGGCAUACCAUACCAUGUCGUCAUCUGCACUGAGGGCCGCGGCGCAGAAGGCGGGUCCUGCUGCCCGGAAGCAGGCGCUCACCUUGACGGAGGCCGCGGCGGCUCGGGUGCGCCAGCUCCUCGACCUCAGGCAGCAGCCCUACCUGCGCCUUGGCGUCAAAGCGCGCGGCUGCAAUGGCCUGUCUUACACGCUCAAUUAUGCAGAAGAAAAAGGGAAGUUUGACGAGCUUGUGGAAGAGAAAGGAGUAAAAGUACUUAUCGACCCCAAGGCUCUGAUGCAUGUUAUCGGCACUAAGAUGGAUUACGUCGAUGAUCCACUGAGGUGUGGCUUCUAGUUCUGUCCGAGUUCGUGUUCAUAAACCCGAAUUCCAAAGGGGAGUGUGGGUGUGGUGAAUCGUUCAUGACUACAUGAAACAAGGGGUCCACUUCGUGAUGUUCUUUACUGAUGUAAAUAGAGGAUAGAGCUUGGCGGAGGGCUCCAACCACUCAUUUUUUGCUAAGUAGAAGGUCCUUGUAAAGCAUGCUGCGUUGCACCAUAGCAACUGAUGAAAUCAUCAUGUAAUGGAUGCAACUAAGUUACCCUUACGUUUCCAUCCUUCCUUAAGCGUGUUGUUACCAGGACUCUUCAUGUUUGGGAACAUAUCAGGUGCAAAAGCCCAAAAAGGGGGCAGGAUGAUCAUAUCUUUUCCCUUUGAUAUUAAGCCAGGAGCUAUGUCAUUUACUAAAGAAUGGAUUUGAUGCGCCGCAACAAAUUGUUGCUAGGGAGCCAAACCACCUUAUGGCGACGCUGGAUGUCCAGCCUGUGGAUUUUCUGAUUUAAGUAAUUCAUUCAUUUCUCUAGGAA